CGAAACGAAAACGCCAUUUCCGUUUCCACCUUCUUCACGAAGACAGAGAGAGAGAGAGAGAGAGAGAAUACAUUUCCUUCCAUCAUCAUGAAGAGAGAGAGAGAUCUUGAGAGCGUAACAACCAUGGCGAACUGCUUGAUGCUACUUUCUCGUAGCAGCGCGUCCACUACUACAGAUUUCGAAUCGUCUUUGUCGUCUUCACCGAAUCGUGUUUUCGAGUGCAAGACGUGCAAUCGGCAGUUUCCGUCGUUUCAGGCCCUAGGCGGCCACCGCGCCAGUCACAAGAAGCCUCGAAUUGUAGGACCAGACGGCGGAAACUCCGAUGGAUCUUCAUCGCAAGGAUCUCCAACCAAGCCGAAGACGCAUGAGUGCAGUAUCUGUGGAUUGGAAUUCGCGAUUGGUCAAGCGCUUGGUGGACAUAUGAGGAGACAUAGAGCUACGACGCUGUUGACCGAUCACGCUCGACUUACAAAUCAUCCGAGUAGUUUAUCUCAUCCGCCGCGUUCUCAACCGCCUGUGGUGAAGAAGACGAACGGCGGUGGAAGGAUUCUGUGCUUGGAUCUGAAUUUGACUCCGUCCGAGAACGAUAAACAGUUUCUUCAGCUUGGAAAGAGUAUUUCCAUGGUUGAUUGUUUCUUCUGAAUUGGAGUUCAUAUUCAAUCAGAUCGAACACGAUGAGUUAUACUAGUUUUUGCGUUUUCUUUUUCCUUUUUGAUACUGUAAUCUUCAUAUCUUUGUUCGUUCACAACAUAUAGUACAUACAUAAAUCCAGAUCUUCAUAUGCUUCAAUUCAA